AUCUUCGAGAUACAAGUAAAACCUGGUUGAUUUACAUUAUGAUACAUUGUAUAUAUUUUAAGAUGCAACCUGAGUUCUUUAGAUAAAAUUACAAAUUCUAAUAAGAAUGUAUCCAACCUCAAAGAUCCUAGCCCUGUAUUAGUUGGAUCUAGAACGCCCAUUUGUCAGACUUUGAGUUUGUUAGCUCUACAGACCAGAGUAAAAACAACCUGUCAACUCCCUGCUAUAUGGCGUCUUUGUCAGAAUAAAUCAACCAAAUCUAAGGAUUACAGCCCUGCUGACUUUGAUGGAAACGCUAUCAAUCAAAAGAGUACUAUACAAGCUUCAAGCAAUUAGCUAACGUAUAGUGCACUUACAAGUAACCAACACCCAGUGCUUCAAUGGAGUCUCACAGCUCGAAUCGGCUACCCAACCGAAAAAGAAGGAGGGAUGGGUACUGUGGAGAGAAAGGGGAGGGGGAGCCACCUGUCAAGGUCUCGCGCACUGUGGGUCUGACAGAUCCUGCCCCGUUUGCUGACCAACUUGAGCCUGCCACCACACCUUACAAGCGCGUUAGCAUGGACGAGGCACGCCAAGGCACUCCGCAAGAUCGUCCAGUACGGGUGUAUGCAGAUGGGAUCUUUGACAUGUUCCACUCAGGUCAUGCUCGAGCAUUAAUGCAAGCCAAGGGACUCUUUCCUAAUACCCACCUCAUCGUUGGAGUGUGCAGUGAUGAUCUCACACACAACCUGAAGGGUUUUACAGUAAUGAAUGAAGACGAACGCUAUGAUGCAGUCAGUCACUGUCGCUAUGUCGAUGAAAUUGUGCGUAACGCACCGUGGACGCUUACACCCGAAUUCCUAGCUGAGCAUCGGAUUGACUUUGUUGCUCAUGAUGAUAUACCCUACUCCUCAGCCGGGAGUGAUGAUGUGUACCAGCACAUAAAGGCAGCCGGCAUGUUUGCACCCACACAACGUACAGAGGGUAUCUCCACAUCCGAUUUAAUCACACGCAUAGUUCGUGAUUAUGACGUUUACGUGCGCCGAAACCUGCAGAGAGGCUACACUGCCAAAGAGCUCAAUGUUAGCUUCAUCAAUGAGAAGAAGUACCAUCUUCAAGAGAGGGUGGACAAGGUGAAGAAGAAGGUUCGAGAUGUGGAGGAGCGCUCCAAAGAAUUUGUGCAGAAAGUGGAAGAGAAGAGCAUUGACCUGAUUCAGAAGUGGGAGGAGAAAUCCCGGGAGUUUAUUGGCAACUUCCUGCAGAUGUUCGGUCCAGAAGGGGCACUGAAACACAUGCUGAAGGAGGGUAAGGGGCGGAUGCUGCAGGCCAUCAGUCCCAAACAGAGCCCCAACAGCAGCCCGACACGCGAGCGAUCCCCUUCGCCUACCUUCCGACUGCCUUUCUUCUCCAAGACCUCCCCUCCGUCCUCGCCACCAAAUCACCACGCAUCAUACAGCAUCAGCGAGGAUGAAGAUGACAAUGGCGAUUAGAAGCAAUCCUAAACCCUCCUUUCCUCCCUUUAUCUCUGUUUCGGUCAAGUCUUGACAUGUACUGAGACUUUCAUCGUAUUUUAUUCCAUGUCAAUGUGGCAUUCACUGUCAACUUUGAUUGACCCAUUUCAAAAUUAUGUUGUUGACCACCUGAAAUUUCAUAGAGAAUUUUUUCAAGUUUAUAAUGUUUUAUCAUUCUGUGAACUGGACUGGGGCGUUAUAACUGUUUAAAAACACCAAAUAUUUUGACUGAAGAUAUAAUAUAUAAAAAGUAGCUGACAUUCUAAGACGCAUGCAUGCUCUCCAGCUUAGGAGACCAUACAGCUCCGUGCCUCCAGAAUGUUUGGCUGUGUAAAACCAACCCAGCCUCAUAACGGCUGUCUGCUUCUUUAUCCCCAAACAAAGACUUCCCUCCAACACAUUUUUUUUAUUAGUUGGGCUAGACAAGGAGGGGCGGGGGGGCACAUCCCCCUACAUGCAGCAAUGGAAUGCCUCUGCUCUCAGGCAGGAGACACAAACUUAGUUUAUCAGUGAGCAGUCUAAAAGAUUUCAUCAGCUACUUCUCCCCCAUAAGUCUACAUUCUCUAUUUUCUCCAGUACUUCCUCAAGAUAGAAAUUAUGACCAAAAGGAUUUCGUUAGGACCUUUUUAGUUAGGUUUGUAGUUGUUUGAUCACCUGAUUGCAAUGUGAUUUGUCUUAUUUAUUCAAAGAAUCUGUUUAAUUUAUUUUCAGUUCUACAAUUUGUUGAAAUAUGUGAAACUUUCAACUUUGCUUGAUCAGGUAACAGGGUAAGCCAUAGAACAGUGUUAGCAUUGUGUUACUAAUUGUCCCAGACAGCUUGUUAGAGGAUUCUCCAGUGCCCAAAUAAAUGUUUGCAGUAUAAAGUGACCAUGUGACUCUGUUUAAAAUGCACAUGUUAACCUCCAAUUUAACCCAUGAUAUUAUAGAUUGUCAACAUUGAGGAUCUGUUCACACAAUGGAAAGCUUUAAGUUAUUGUAGUAAAUACUGAAUUAUGCUUCCAGUUCCAGGCAUUUUUUGUGCCUGUUGUUUAUUUUUGAUGUUUUGUCUGUCAGUUUCAAUAAAGUGUAUGCAUCUACUG